CGGUAUUUUACGAUAUUUAGCGGGGAACUAAAUUUGGCACGACAUAUUGAAGUUAAACGAUAGCCGAUAGGUGUUCUACUCUUCUUCCUCCUCGCGCCUUCUGCUGCAAUUCCCAUCUCAUCUCCCCCAAAUCAACCAAUUGAAUAAGUACUGGCGAAAGAGCCCCUUCACCAUCACCGGCGAUCCCCCUACCAGUCGCUCCCUUCACCUUAAGCCGCCGCACUCACCUCCUCUUCGAGCAAGCACAAAUAGCGCAACCGUUCGAUUAGUAGUAAUCUCGUCGAAUUUGAAGCUUUCGAGUUCCAAUUGGCGUUUGCGGUAGUUGCGAUGGCUCUGAGAUUAGCGAGCCGGAAGUUUGGAAGCAAGUUCUUGUCUAUGCUUACCGCCACUUCUUCACUGCAUUCGCAUGCCACAAGCUUUGGUUUUAAAGAAGUGAGGGAAGAAGACAAAAGCCAACUGGUUGGCAAUGUAUUCACUAACGUCGCUUCAAAUUACGAUCUGAUGAAUGAUUUGAUGAGUGGUGGAUUGCACAGAUUGUGGAAGGAAAGGCUAGUUUCCAAGUUGAAUCCGUUCCCUGGAAUGAAGCAUUUAGAUGUGGCUGGCGGUACAGGGGAUGUUGCUUUUAGAAUUCUCGAAACAGUAAACAGCGUCAAACGCAGAGCAAUUCAAGAUCCUUCAAAUGACAAUCUACACGAAGAAACUGAGAUUUAUGUGUGUGAUAUAAACCCUAAUAUGUUGAAUGUUGGUAAAAAACGAGCCGUGGAAAGAGGUCUUGGAGAAACCAAAUCGCUUAUAUGGGCGGAGGGUGAUGCUGAAGCCCUGGAUUUUCCUGAUAACUCAAUGGACGGUUACACAAUAGCUUUUGGAAUAAGGAAUGUCACACACAUAGAGAAAGCUCUUGUUGAAGCUCACCGGGUAUUAAAGCGCGGAGGAAGGUUCCUUUGCCUCGAACUCAGUCAUGUGGAUGUUCCCCUGCUUAAACAAGUGUAUGACUAUUACUCAUUCUCAAUCAUUCCAGCCGUUGGGGAACUAGUUGCUGGCGAUCGUGAAUCAUACCAAUACUUGGUCGAAAGCAUCCGCCGCUUCCCACCUCAGGAUAAAUUUGCUCUGAUGAUAGCUGACGCAGGAUUUCAGAAGGUUGAGUAUGAAAAUCUGGUAGCAGGAGUUGUAGCUAUCCAUUCUGGGUUGAAGCUCUGAAUCAUUUUCCCUUCACACUUCUUUAUGAUCCAAGUUCUCAGCAAGUAUUCUCCCUACUGUUGCAACCCCAUAUGGUAGUCACAGGAAUACAUUAGGAGGCGUACUCAUUCCAUAAUCCCAAAGUUUUUUUUUCUUCCCCAACAAGUUAUGUGACAAAGAUUAUGUAGAAGAUUGAUUACACUAUUCUUUUGUUUUUUUUUUGGUAAAGUAGUUUUGCCAAGUUACUGACGGUAUAUGUUGUAAUAGCUGGGAAAUUUUAAUAUGCAAUCCUAAAAGUCUUGAGCAGUUGAUCAUUAGUGACCA